AUGUUCUCCAUUUCAUCCUCACCCCCUCUCUACCUGAGCCUCCUCUUCUUCCUCUCGUACCACUCCUUUGUUCUCUGCUGUCAGACUGGGACCCGCAGCCAGUGUGAGUCUGUCCCUUUUGUGCCGGGCCACAACCUGGUGGGAGAGGGCUUUGAUGUGGUCACCCUGCAGCGAAAAGGAGCCUACAUGAUUGACGUGAGGACCUACCUCACUAAAAGAGGCACCUGUACUCUCUGCUCCAACCCCCUUCAAGGCAACAAGCUGCAGAAACUACCAGUAUCUGUAGUGGACUGGCGUUCAUUCAGCCGCUGUAAAGCUGACAUCGAAAGUAGUUCACACACCUCUGUUAGCUCACUGACUGACACUUACGCCUCCCAGGAGAGUAAAGACUGGAAGGUUGGUCUGGGUUUAAGUAAGUUUAUUUCGGCUGGCCUGGAUGUUGGGGCAACUCGUUCAUCUGUGUAUAAAUUUGGUACAGCAAGAAAACAAGAGGACCACUACUCCUUCAGCUUACAGAUGAUCAGCUGUAGUCAUUACGGUUACCGUGUGUCAAGCACACCACCUCUCAGCUCUGAGUUCAGAAAGGAUUUGUGGAGACUGCCAAGUUUCUACAACUCCUCCACCAGGGAUCAGUACAGUGAAGUCAUAAAUACCUACGGCACACACUACGUCCACCAGGUUCAUCUUGGGGGCAGACUCAGGCGAGUCACAGCUGUACGUACCUGUUUGUCCACACUAAACGGGCUCUCCUCAAGUGGGGCACACUCCUGCUUAUCACUUGGUCUCUCUGUAGGCCUGGGGAAGCUGACAUUAUCUGGUAACUAUGAGUCUUGUCGUAGUGUCCUACAGAACAGGGACUUCUCCACCUCGUUCAGCUCUGGUCUCCACCAACAUCACACAGAGGUGGUAGGAGGCACUUUUUGGUCAGGAGAGUUUUCACUCCUUCAUAAGAACUCCCAGUGCUACAAGAACUGGCUGAAAUCCCUCAAGAAGCACCCAGAUAUUGUUUGGCACUCCCUCAGACCAAUGUACAAGCUGGUACCAAAUGAGUCAAAGAAGGCUGGGAUGAAGGCGGCCAUUGAGCAGUACUUAGCAGACAACGCUGAGAGGAAAUCACCGCAAGAAUCAAAUUGUGGGGGGCACACUCCCACCAGCUGCUGUCCGCCACAGACCUCGAGAGGAAGACUGGUGGUGACAAUCAUCCGAGCCUGGAAUCUGAGAGGAGAUUUCAUUGGAAAUACUCAUGGAUAUGUGCAGCUGUGGUAUAGUGGAAUGCACCGCAAGACUCAUAUUGUCGAGUCAAAUGACCCUUGGUGGAAUUCUCAUAUUGAUUUUGGCAUGGUGGAUACUCAUUUGCAUUUGACGGUUCAGGCCUGGGAUGAAAAGUACUUCCUUUUCAUUGACAAACUUCUAGGAUCAUGUGUGAGAUACGUGAGCCAGGGGACACAUAGCUUCACCUGUGGUGCCAGUGUUGGUGGCUUUGAGGUCCGAUACACACUGACCUGUGACCGUCACCUGACUGGAGACAGGUGUAAUCAUUACAAGCCAUCUCCAGAGUGA